AUGGCUCACGGUCGGUGCUUACUAGAUGAGUCAAGACCAACCUGCAAGCGUUGUGAGAAGGCCGGGUAUUCAUGCGCGGGAUACGAGAGGAAGCUCGAACUGCGAUUCCAUUCUUUCUCAAACGAGGCCGAAACGACUCCGUCUGGAUCGGCAAAAACUACCAAGGAGCCACGCCUGUCCAGUAAUCCCAGAGUUCCGACGUCGGUCGUCCUUGGUUCCAACGAUAAUCCACGUGGCUUUGUGCCUUCGGAUAUGAGUCUAGUCGCCUUCAAAAACGACAUCCAAUUUGCGUAUCUGUUUGACAAUUUUGUGUGGAGCAGCUAUGGAACCCCGUGGCUGCAGAUGUCUGCCGAGGGCAGGGUCGACUCACUGUCCUUGGAGGCAUGUCGAGCGUUUUCUUUGAGCAUAUUCGGAAAGCAUCAUCAUCAACCCGACAUAGAACUAAGCGGAGCGAUUCAUUAUGACAAGGCAGUCCGUGCCCUUUCGUCGCGGCUGUCGAGUGUGGGGGCGCCGGGCAGCGAAGAAUUGAUCAUUCCAAUAAUGAUCCUCCUCAUGCAUUCCUCGACGACUCCCGAUCCUCAGGCGGCGGCCUUCCACCUCCAGGGCCUCCUGAAGCUCAUCCAAAUCUGUGGCCCACGAAAGUUCGCUGAGGGCAUUCUUCGAAAUGCCUUCGAGUCUUGCCGAGCAACCUUGAUCACCGUUGCCCUAAUCACCAAAACCAGAACCUUCCUAGAACAAUCGAUAUGGCUGACGGAGCCGUGGGCGGAGAUCGGGGCCGCGAACAAAAGCUUCCAAAACCAGCUGGUGGACGUCCUCGUGCAUCUUCCCGGGUUCUUGCAGGACCAGGACCAACUCGAGCAGGCCCAGUCGGCAAAGCUCAAGAGUGAUCUUGUCCGUCGGAUUGAAUUUCAGAUCGAGCGAAUUUCUCAGUGGAGGUGGAGAUGGGAGGCAUCGAACGUGAACAUGGUCUGGGAGGCCGAGCCUGAGAUGCUUCCUGAAGACUACGUCCUCGCCCAUUUUCGGCCCAUUCGGAGCUUUCUGGUCUUCAGUUCUUGUUCCCAGGCCACGGAACUGUCUCUCUACAACGCGGUCCUGCUGUGCCUCCUGGCCCUACUCUGGACGCUGACGCCACCGGACGAUCUCCCACCCUCACCAGUCCCCGCCCCAACGACUCCACUGGCCCUUCCCGGCGACGUCGAGUCACUUACGCAGCCCGCCAUCGAAAUCUGCCGCGCGUUUGAAUACCAGUUGACCCACAUCAGGAACAGCCGCGACUCGGCUCUUUUCUGGCUCUUCCCACUAGGCCUCGCCAGCCGCGUGCUAGAGGACGACACCAGCAUGAUGCUUUGGAUUAAGACCAUGCUGGAAACCUCCCAAGUCACCAGGGGCUACGGCACGGGCGGCAAUGCCUACGGCUUCGGUUUUUACCGGUUCCCCAAGAUCCGAAGACAGCGCGCUCAGCAGCUCAAUACAUUGUUCCAGGCGCGGUAUUCAGCUGAGGCCAUCAAGCAUUAUUCAGAUGGUUCUUCGAGUACGUCGAGUGAUAGGUGA